GUUUCCCCAAGUAUUUGCACCCAACAUGAAAGGCAUGGCGCUGCUCUUCGUAUCCGCGGUGUUCCUCGGGGCUCUUGCCGUUGCUUCCGCUGGUAAUUUCUACCGGGAUUUUCACAUCACCUGGGGCGACCAGCGUGCAAAGAUACUGAACGGAGGCCAAGACCUCACGCUCUCUCUUGAUAGGGCUUCCGGCUCUGGUUUCAAGUCCAAGAAUGAGUACUUGUUCGGGAGGAUCGAUAUGCAGAUCAAACUUGUGGCCGGGAACUCUGCUGGCACUGUUGCUGCAUAUUAUUUAUCUUCCCAAGGGCCGACCCACGAUGAGAUCGACUUUGAGUUCCUUGGUAACCUGUCUGGGAACCCGUACACGCUCCACACCAACGUGUUCACCCAGGGCAAAGGGAAUCGAGAGCAGCAGUUCCAUCUCUGGUUCGACCCCGCUAAGGCCUACCACACGUAUUCCAUCGUCUGGAACACUCAGCGAAUCAUUUUCUUGGUGGACAACAUUCCCAUAAGAGUAUUCAACAACUUGGAAUCGAUCGGAAUCCCCUUCCCCAAGAACCAGCCCAUGAGGAUAUACUCGAGCCUAUGGAAUGCCGACGACUGGGCCACCAUGGGCGGGCGUGUUAAGACUGACUGGUCGAAUGCUCCCUUCACAGCGUCCUUCAGGAACUUCAAUGCCAACACUUGUGUGCGGGCACCCGGCUCAUCAUCCUGCACCAGGACGGACCCCAAUCAGGACAGCACCUGGCAGGACCAAGCCCUGGAUGCAUCAGGGAGGAACCGGCUCCGGUGGGUCCAACAGAAGUACAUGGUCUACAACUACUGCACUGACGUGAACAGGUUCCCUCAGGGUCUCCCUCCUGAGUGCAAGCGGUCAAGGUUCCUCUAGACAGCAUAUACCACUUUCAAUACCACAUCAAACAAUCAAUUCUUUAAAUUCAUUUUGUAUCGUGUUUGACAAUAAGAUUCAUUACUCUUUCUGUACUUGCAACUAAUAAAAUGAAUAUCACACGUUCAGAGAGAAAAA